GCAAGAAGACAAGCCUCAAUGUAUCCAGUAGUUGUCCUGGUGCUGGGUCUCUCCUGCCUGCUUCUCUUUUCCGUAUGGAGGCAGAACUCUGGAAGAAGAAAGCUCCCUCCUGGCCCCACUCCUUUCCCAAUUAUUGGAAAUAUACUGCAGCUUGAUAUUAAAGACAUCACUAAAUCUUUAACUGGGUUCUCCAAAGCGUACGGCCCUGUGUUCACUCUGUAUUUUGGCAUGAAGCCCACUGUGGUGCUGUAUGGAUAUGAAGCAGUGAAGGAAGCCCUGAUUGAUCAUGGGGAGGAGUUCUCUGGGAGAGGCAGGUUCCCAUUGUCUGAAAAAUUUGCUAAAGACCAUGGAAUUGUUUUCAGCAAUGGACACAGAUGGAAAGAAAUGAGGCGCUUCGCACUCAGGACUUUGCGGAAUUUUGGCAUGGGGAAGAGGAGCAUUGAAGAUCGUGUUCAAGAGGAAGCCUGCUGCCUUGUGGAGGAGUUGAAGAAAACCAACGGCUCACCCUGCGACCCCACCUUCAUUCUGGGCUGUGCUCCCUGCAAUGUGAUCUGCUCUGUUGUGUUCCAGAAUCGUUUUGACUAUAAAGACAAGAAUCUCCUCAACUUGAUGGAGAAAUUGAAUGAGAACGUCCAGAUUCUGAGCUCACCAUGGAUACAGAUCUACAACCUUUUCCAUGAUCUUAUUGAUUAUGUACCGGGGAGUCAUAACACAGUGAUGAAAAAUAUUGAUUAUAUAAAAAGUUAUAUUUUGAAGAAAGUAAAAGACCAUGAGGAAUCACUAGAUGUUAACAACCCAAGGGACUUGAUUGAUUGUUUCCUGAUCAAAAUGAAACAGGAAAAUCAAAAAGAAUCAUUGGAAUUUACUUAUGAAAAUUUGACGGUUGUUGCAUUGGAUUUGUUUGGUGCUGGGACAGAAACAACAAGCACAACAUUGAGAUACGGCCUGCUGCUCCUGAUGAAGCACCCCCAUGUCACAGCUAAAAUGAAGGAAGAGAUCAACCAUGUGAUUGGCAGGCACCGGAUCUCUUGCAUGCAGGACAGGAGCCAAAUGCCCUACACCGAUGCUGUGAUCCAUGAGAUUCAGAGAUACAUUGAUCUCGUACCCAUGAACCUGCCCCAUGCAGUGACCCGGGACAUUAAGUUCAGAGACUACAUCAUUCCCAAGGGUACAACCAUAAUGACAUCACUGACAUCUGUGUUGCAUGACCACAAGGAAUUCCCCAACCCAGAGAUGUUUGAUCCUGGCCACUUUCUGGAUAAAAGUGGUAACUUUAAAAAAAGUGAUUACUUCAUGCCUUUCUCAUCAGGCAAACGGGUGUGUGCUGGAGAAGGCCUGGCCCGCAUGGAGCUGUUUUUAUUCCUCACCACCAUUUUACAGAACUUCAACCUGAAAUCUAUCGUAGAUCCACAGAACCUCGAUAUAACUCCAGUCCUAAAUGGGUUUAUUUCUGUGCCCCCUUCAUACCAGCUCUGCUUUGUUCCAGUUUAAAGAAGAGCUCUGCUGUCUGCCUCUAGCUGUGCAGUAUCAGCAGUUCCCUCUUCUGAGCCAUCACUCACCCCCUUCCCCUGUCAG